AAGAAAAUGAACCCAAAUGUCUCCGUGUGCUGUUUUUCUCUGCUUUUACUGCUUAAUUUCGUUGGAGCCAAACCGGUUUCUGACCUACAGAGUUUGAAGCAGCUUUUAGAAGAGGAGAUCAACAGGGCGCCAUAUUACUCCUCGGAGGAGAUGGAGGUGGAGGGGAAAGAUGCAAACACAGACAAGUCGGUGUUCGGAGCUCCAGAGCAGCACCCAUGGGACUCCUCCGACCCCAGCAACUCGGCACUGGCGGCUAAAGAAGACGCCCUCGCGCGUUUCUUCAAGGACCUCGUGAGGACCUCCAAGCGCUCGUGGAGCCGGUACAAGAAAGGCGGGCUGAGGAGCUGCUUCGGUGUCCGGUUAGAGAGGAUCGGCUCCUUCAGCGGGCUGGGAUGCUGA